UAUAGGAUAGAAUUUCAGCAAAGGGGGUGGCCACACAUUCAUGCUUUAUUUUGGGUUAAGGAUGCACCUGUGCUUGAUAGAUCUGAGGAAAAAGAGGUAACAGAUUUCAUUGACAAGUUUGUUAAUUGUAGCUUGCCACAUGAAGAAGAAGCAUUAUUUGAAAAAGUAUCUAAAUUGCAAAUGCAUAGCAAAAAUCAUUCUCGUAGUUGCAGGAAAGGGAACCAAACUUGUAGAUUCAAUUUUCCUAGACCAGUAUCUACCAGAACUUUUGUAUGUAAGCCCAUAAAGUUAGAUGAAGAGAAGCCAAAACAUAUCAUUCGAAAAGCAGCCAGGGAAGCAUUAGAGAAAUUGGCAACCAUAACUAGUGAUGAAAAAAAUAUAUCUCUUACAGCUCAACAAUGUUUAGAGUUAGCAGGCAUGACGCAGGAGGGGCUUGAAUAUUCAAUGGGCAUUCUAGCUAGGAAAACCAUCAUAGUUUUAAAGCGGGAACCGAAGGAAUGUUGGGUUAAUCAGUAUAAUCCACAUUUAUUAGAAGCGUGGGAUGCCAAUAUUGAUAUACAAUAUAUUGUAGAUGCCUAUGCAUGCAUUUGUUAUAUAGUAUCCUACAUUUCAAAGAAAGAGAGUGAAGAGGGUGAACUUUUAAAGGCUGCUCAAAAGGAAGCUAGGGAAGGAAAUACUGAAGCUGUCAAUGAGCUUAAAACACUAGGGAAAGUAUAUAUUACUCAUAGAGAAAUUAGUGUUAUGGAAGCUAUAUACAGAUGCACAGGCAUGAAACUAAAGUCUUCAAGUAGAGAAGUGCGCUGGAUAGCAGCAGAUAAAGAUGCAACAAGGUUGUCUUUGCCGCUAAACAUUUUAAAACAACAAGCUAGGGAGAAGAGAUUGGAUCAAAUAUGGGCAAAGUCAGAUUUAGAGAGGUACUGGAAUAGGCCAGAUAACAGAAAAUUUGAGAAUAUGUCCCUUGCACACUUUGUUGCCAAUUACAGAAUGUAUGGCUCCAAAGUGGGCAAAAAAAGCAAAGAAAACUCAGGGAGUGAUAAUGAUGAUAGUGAUAAUGAGGGUAAAGAAGACAUUGCCUUAUUAAACAACUUUGGGUAUAUCAGUGCACGACGUAGGCCAAUUGUGAUUAGGUAUUUAAAGGGGUCAGUAGACCGUGAUCCAGAAAGAUAUUAUGAAAAUAGACUGCGUCUGUUUUUUCCCCAUAGAGGUCAAGAUAUUUUACCUUCUGCUUUCACAUCAUAUGAAACUUUUCAUAACAAUGCUUCUUUUGUCUUUAAUGAUGAUGAUAUUCCUAUUUGUGAGAUAGUUAACACUAACAGUGCCCCUUUUGAGAAAGAUGCAGAGGUAAUUGAUACAGCUCUGCAGCGUUCGUAUGAUGAUCAUGAAGAUGCUUGGGCAGAUAUUGCUCCAGGAGCAGAGGAGCAGAGAAUUGAUGAUAAAAUGGAACAAGUGUUGCCCAUUGAAAGUGAUGAUAAAACUGAAGAAGUACAGUUACCAGAUUUAGACCAAACAUUACCAGAUAAAAAUCCAUACCCAAAAACAAACUUACUAACUGAAAACCUAAAGUCCCAAAUUUCAUUAAAACAAGCAGAAAAAAUGGUUCAGUCCAUGAAUAUUCAACAACUCCAAAUCUUUAAUUAUAUGCCUCAUUUCAAAGACUUAACAAGUAAUCCAGAGAUGGCUGUGGCAGAUAUUGUAGGAAUUACUGAGAGUUGGCUAAAUAGCAAAGUCCCAUCUGGUAAAUACUCUAUACCUGGUUUUCAGCUCAUCAGAUGUGAUCGUCAAAAUGAUACCUCUAGAGGUGGGGUUGCUGUUUAUAUUCGUAACAACUUGAAAGUAACAGAGGUCAAAAAUAACUCUGUUACAGAGCCGGGUUUUGAAUGUAUGGACGAAGUGUUGAAUAAAGUGAACACGAACAAAAGCGCUCUCCAGAACACCAAGGAGGCAAUCAGUUUUGCAGAUACACAUACUGAAGAAACCACUUCAAAAAUAGCAGAUUUGGAGAAACGUAUCGAUUUCUUGGGCAGCGAACGAGAGAUUAACACUGAAAGGACAGCCACUCUUGAAAGGAGAAUGGCCCAAUUGGAGAGGGAGUUUAGACGCGAGAAAGAGGAUAAAAAGCUGCUGAAGUGGGAGAAAGAAGCAAUGGUGAAUCGUGUUACUGGGCUCAUGUUGACUAUAUCUCGUCAACAUGACGAAAUUGACAGGCUCAAUGGACUUCUGGAGGCUAAGCCACCUGAUGAUGCGAUGACGGAACUGAGCAAGCCAUAUGAAGAAGUCGGGCCUAUCGUGAUCAAGAUUACUGGAGAUGCGGAUACUCCUGGAGGAGGGGAUAAGAACGAUACCAAAGCUGCCCAAGACGAUGAAAAGGCUGAAAGCGCCCGCCUGAAACGUCUGGAAGUCGAGAUAGACCAGAUAAGGGAAAAACUUGGUCAAAUGGAAGAAGAAGGGUAUGCAGCUAAAGAUCACAGUGUUGCCCCAAAGACAGACACUCUGGAUUUCCUAAUGAAGGAAGAGGUUUGUAAAUAG